ACAAGUACAAACCACACAACAAAAAACCCAAACAUUCAACACUGUUACUUUUCACAUUCAUCGAGAUCUUAAAUAUCCCACACAGAAUUGCUAUGCAGCAGCAGAUUUGGCUUCUCUGAUCAACGUCUGAUCAGUGAUCACCGGCCGUCGCUUUCAUCUGAAACUCCAAGAUGGUCCAACUCCAUGGGAAGUUCAAGGCUUUCGUCAACAGCAGAUGGCUGGUGUUUGUGUGUGCAAUGUGGAUCCAAUCCUUUGCAGGAAUAGGGUACCUGUUUGGGAGCAUAUCACCUGUGAUCAAGUCCACCAUGGGCUACAGCCAGAGAGAGGUGGCGAUUCUUGGAGUGGCCAAGGACUGGGGGGAUGCCGUAGGGUUUGUGGCUGGAAGCCUGUCUGAAAUAUUGCCCACCUGGGGCAUUUUGGUCAUUGGAGCAGUCCUCAACUUUGUUGGUUAUGGCAUGCUUUGGCUUAUUGUCUCUCAGAGAUUGCCUGCUUUGCCUCUCUGGGCGCUCUGCAUUUUUAUAUUUGUGGGAACAAACGGAGAGACGUUCUUCAACACAGCAGCAUUGAUAUCAUGUGUGCAGAACUUCCCCAAAAGCCGGGGUCCUAUAGUCGGGAUCCUAAAAGGCUACGCCGGUUUGAGUGGCGCGAUAUUGACUCAGAUUUACGCAAUGAUCAACUCCCCUAAUGAAUCAUCAAUGCUUUUUAUGAUUGCAGUCGGCCCAUCAAUGGUUGCCAUUGCUCUGAUGUUCAUUGUUAGGCCUGUGGGAGGCCACAAGCAAGUAAGGCCAUCUGACAAUUCAAGCUUCCUGUUUACUUACAGCAUUUGCCUUGUUCUGGCAGCUUAUAUGUUGGGAGUUUUGCUUGUCGAGGAUUUAGUCAACAUAAGUCAACCUUUGAUCACAUUGUUUGCAGUUAUCCUAAUCAUUCUCAUUCUGCUUCCAAUUGUGAUCCCCGUCAUACUGGUUUUCUUUUCCGAGCCAACACAUUCGAUGCAGGAGAGCCUUCUCAUUGAAUCGCAGAGUGAAGAAGCUGGAAAAUCUGAGCAGGACAAGACUGAGGUCAUUUUUAGUGAGGUGGAGAGUGAGGUGGAGGAUGAUAAGUCCCUGGAAGUGAACUCGCUUUCAGUGUCCGAAAGACAGAAGAGAAUUGCUCAGCUGCAGGCUAAGCUGUUACACGCAGCUGCAGAUGGAGCAGUGAGGGUUAAGAGGCGAAAAGGCCCGCGUAGAGGAGAGAAUUUCACCUUGAUGCAGGCAUUGGUAAAGGCAGAUUUUUGGCUCAUAGUAUUUUCCUUAUUUCUGGCUGCUGGAUCUGGCUUGACAAUUAUUGACAACUUAGGUCAGAUAACUCAGUCACUUGGUUACAAUGAUUCGAGUAUUUAUGUUUCCAUGAUCAGCAUUUGGAACUUUCUUGGACGCGUUGGGGGCGGUUACGUCUCUGAGAUUAUAAUAAGAGAUUACGCUUACCCUAGACCCGUGGCAAUGGCGGUAGUUCAGGUCAUCAUGGCAUUCGGGCUUUUCUACUAUGCCAUGGGAUUUCCAGGGCAGAUUUAUGUGACAACUGUGCUGGUAGGACUUGGUUAUGGUGCUCACUGGGCAAUUUUACCAGCUGCAGCCUCAGAGCUCUUCGGGUUGAAGAGUUUUGGGGCCUUGUACAAUUUUCUUACAAUGGCAAAUCCCGCUGGUUCUCUUAUAUUCUCAGAAGUGAUUGCUAGUGGAAUAUACGACCACUACGCGAAGGAACAAGCUACGCUCAGACACCAAAUUUCAGGUUCAAUGCUCAUAAAACCCCUCCGCGAUGAGGACUCACUCACUUGUGUUGGCACUAUAUGCUAUUCCAUCACUUGUGGAAUACUCUCAGGACUCUGCAUUGUUGCAUGUGUCUUAAGUUUAAUCGUUGUUCACCGGACUAGGAGGGUUUAUACGCAGCUCUAUGGAUCGAGCACUUGAGCUGCGAAAGCAAAAGGGCAACUAGAUACCUGCGGCGAUCAGCACAUUGCGUCUGAAAGGCCUUUCUUCCUACGAAUCCAAGUCCCCUGUGGGGAUUUUUCUCUGAACAUUAAAUGGAAUUCUUUUCUUCUCUCGUUUACAACCGAAGAACAAUUCGAAAGAUUUGCAGAAUUUUUUUUUCCCGAUUGAUUACGCUCUGUGAUGAGAAAUUAAUAAUGUUUCAACUUCUUGAUAUUUAUAUGUAAACAACAGAUGCAGUUGCAGAAAA